CCCUUUCCGCUCGUGUCGGCAGCGUGUGCGAUCCCCGACCGUCUCGCGUUCAGCAUCCGAGUAAGGCUUUCGGGUUUUGGAACUUCUCUCUCUCGUUUUCUUUGCUUUGUCUGGCAUAAAGUGUAUUUAGAGUAGAGUGCAUUUCGAUUGCUGUGCUCGGCUGCAGUUUGCACCGAGCCAAGAUAGAUGAGGGCUAGGAGAAGAAAACGCCGCGCCGCUCCCCCGCCCAGCCGCCCUCCCCCGCGGCUCACAGAGCGGUCAGAGGAAGAAAGAGCCGGGGGAGAGACAUUGCAGAGUGCUGUUGUAAAGCCGUGUGUUACUUCGGAGGUGGGGAGGGAUGCACUGGGAGCGAGAAUGUCCUUAUGUGCAGGGAUGUAGGAAAGCCGAUAUCCCAUUGCUAGCACUGGAAACGUCCGGGGCUGGAAAUGGGACUGAAAUGGAGGAUGUGGGAGGCUAUGUGGAGAACGAGCUUGGAAGAUAUUACCCCUAAUAUAGACUGGAACCUGUACCCUAGGAGUAGUAAUGCCAAAGGUGACAAGAACAGGUCAGUUAAUGAGGAUAAUACAGGCCCGAGUACCUUCAAAAGUCAAGAGGGAGCUGCUCCAUCCACCACUAGAAAGACCUAGUAGAUUUCACUCCUUUGUCAGGAGAUUAAUUCCCUCUUCAGGAGUUGCAGACUUGGAAAAGGCUGUAGAAAACAUCUCAGCAGUCAUGAAACACCUCAAAAAUGAAACAUGAGAUGCUAUUAUUGCCCUUAAAGAAGAAGUCUAAAGCUUAGCCAGGGUGGUACUGCAACAUAGAAUGGCUUUAGUAGUAAAUAGUAAAUGGUAGUUGUUGAGUGUAUAGAAACAGACAUAUAUCAGGUAUGGCACCAAACUGAAAUGCUGCAUAAAGUGAGCCAGGAUGAUGUAAGUUGAAAGCAGAAUGACUCCUGGCUUCCCAAAUUGGAUUGGUUAAAGACGUUAUUUGUGGGGAUAGUGUAUGUGUAUGUAUCCUUGUUUGUUGCACGUUUAACUCUUGGAAGUGGAUGUGUAAAUACGAAAGGCCAAGGGUGAUGAGGAUAGGAUAUACACGUCGUAAUCCACAAAAAUAAAUGGAGUGAUUGAAAUAGCUUGGUUUGCUUACCCGUAGGGAUUAGUGUAAUAGUUUAUGAACCAGUAUAGUAGUUUAGCAAAAGGAAUCCGUAAGUGAUAGUUCUGAAACUUUCCAUUUCAGCUUUAGUAGGUGAACAGUCUUGUUUUUUCUCCAUAAUUUUGCACUGGGGACAUAAUAGAAUACGUUUAUCUUUGGCCUCAAAACGUGCAAGGACAUUUUCCUUGGGCUCCACAUACACUGUUUUAAAAAGUGUCUCCCUAAGGCUUAAUAAGCCACGGAAAUCUUCCACACUGGAGAAAAGUGGAUGGCAGUGGGUCAAAGGCUUCAGUGAUGGAGGUGAUGGAGAAAAAAGGGGAAGAAGUAGGUGGGCACUCGACCACCCUGGAUAACACUGAGCAUGCGCAAAGGGGCAUUAGCACAUAUCUAUGAGACCUUGAGAAAGAAUGAAUCUGUAUGCCAGUGUGCUGCAUAUGUAUGUCUUAACUGUUCAAAUGUAGAACCUGAACUCUGAGAGGGUUCGCUUGCUUGUCAAGUCACCUGGUGUGCAUGGUGAGGAAUAAAGGAAUGCUGCUUUCUAACCCCACGUUGGAGUUAGAGAGUUUUCUUCCUGCAUUUCAGAUGGCAGUAUCUUCAGUAACGCUAUCUGCACAUGUAAAACCACAUGGGGUUUUGGUAGAAGCAUGUCCCUUUUCAAAUAGACACAGGUACAGUAUCAAGGGCUUCUUCAGAAUGCAGUCCAUAAUAAUGUAUUUUUCUCAGUGUCAGGACAAAUGCCUUGGGCUGUGGUGAUGUUGCUCACAAAGAAAUGCAUGGUUGUUUUUUGUUUUUUGUUUGCAUACAAGGCGUGCACUGACAUCAACAGUUUACCAUUUGCUUCCAGUUUGUUAGGCCCCUCUCUAUGUCUGAAUGGAUGAAGUAUUGCUUUAUUUCUUUGCCUUCUAACAGUUUUCCUUCAGCUCUUUUCCUAGGGAAGCAGUCGCCUUCAGGCUUGCUUCCAGUAAGCUGUAAGAUCCUCUAGCUGGUACAUGCUGUCCCUCCAUAUAAUUUCUGCACUUGCUGAACUGCUUGGACUGAAGAUCAAAGUCCCUUUUCCCAGCCAUAGUGUCACCACUGAGUUUCUUUAAACGCAUCUACAUUAAGCAACAAGUAGUCAGACUGCUGCUGCUGAUUGCCUCAACUUUUUAGAGGAUGUUCUUUAAAUUACAGUGCUAUUGGUGAAAUUGUGCGUCAUUAGAGACUCAAACUGAGAUACAAGAAGCUUGAAGAUGCCCUUGCAAAUAAAAUCAUCUACACAGAGGCUCACUAACGAAAUGCCCUUGCUAAUAAAAUCAUUAAUGCAGAGGCUUGUGAAGGAGAUGCUUUCUAAGAUCCUCAAAGCACGGAUGUAAGGAGCCUCAGCACAGCUGAAUCCACUCGUAGUCCCAGAGACAGUGGUUAAUGUUGAAGGGAUCCGAUGGGCAUAAUCAACCUCAGCGAUAAUCUUAACUAAGUUAACAAAGCUGAAAGCGAACCAGCAGUCAGUACCGAGGAUCUGUAUGGGCAAGGUGUCUUGAUGCCAAGCACCAAAAGAUGUCUGUGCAGGGGUGUAGAACAAAUGAAGGCAAUGACAGAGAGUUUAUUUGAGAAAUAGGCACACGAGGAAAAGAUAUCAAAAUGAAUUGACUCACCCCUCCCAGUAACAGCGCGCAGAGAGAGACAAGCUGAGGAAUGUGUUCCUCCCCCGUUCAUACCGUCAUGCCGCCGGAGAGAAGGGCGGGGGCAAAGAGAGGGACCCGCGCAGACUCAGACUGCACAGGAAGUAUUGCAGAGCCAGAAGGGGUGGCUCCAGACCACCACCACCCCCCCCCCCCCCGGUUCCAGGCACCACAGAAGCACCUCUACUCAAGGGCAGUUUGCAUUGUGCAGCGCACGGCAGUGCAGGAGAGAGUGGGUCUGAUUUCCGCAUGUCAGUUUGGCACCUCAGAUUGGACCCACUCUGUUCGGCUGCAGGACCUGCUGAGAGAGGGGACGCCUUUGGCGUGCCCCAAGAUUUCUUGGAAGGACUCCCUUCCUCACCCGAUCACUGCAGGGACAGACAAGGACUAUCCAUGGGUGAACCAGGCUACAGCUACACUUCUGCCUUUCACCUGUGGUCAUCGCGGCCUGCAGGAAAGCAGGAAAUGGCCAAAGGGCAUCCAUUUCAGGAGCCCGUGAGCUUUGCAGAGGUGGCGGUGUAUUUCAGCAGGGAGGAGUGGGCGCUGCUGGACCCUGCGCAGCGAGCGCUGUACCGGGACGUUAUGCUGGAGACGUACCACUGUGUGGCCUCGCUGGUUCCACUUCCCGUCCACAAACCCCUGGUGAUCACCUUGCUUGAAGGAGGGAAAGAACCCUGGAUCCCAGAUGUGUGCAGCCCAGAGAAGAUGGUGGAAGAGCUUGGCCCAGCAGCAGAUGUGACGACAGCUAUGAAGGAGGAUGUGCAGAAAAGUAAAGUGUCUGAAAGGCAGAGCAGCUGUGUCUCAGAGGGAGAAAGCAGAAGGGAUGUGCAAGGGGCCCUGGAACAAGGAGAGCACUUCAAGAAGCCACUGGGAAACCAUACGGGAAGGACAGCAAGGAACCCCUUGGACUUAAGCACAGCUCAAAAGCAGCAUGAAGAGGUGAGGAGCAAGGAAGUGUGCCAGAAGAGAAGGCAGAACCCAUGUGAUGAGUGUGGGAAAAGCUGUGAAAGCAGUUCUGAUCUCAUUGUCCACCAGCACAUCCAAACAGGGGAGAGACCCUACAAGUGCUCUGAGUGUGAGAAGAGUUUCAAAAGGAGUUCUCACCUCUCCUACCACCAACGCAUCCACACAGGAGAGAGACCCUACAAGUGCCCUGAGUGUGGGAAGGGCUUCACAGGUAGUUCUGACCUCAGUCGCCACCAGCUCAUUCACACAGCGGAGAGGCCAUUUAAGUGCCAUGAGUGUGGGAAGACCUUCAAAAGCAGAUCUGACCUCAGCCGCCACCAGCGCAUCCACACAGGGGAGACACCAUACAGCUGUCCUCAGUGCCUACAGAGCUUUAGAAGCAGUUAUGACCUCACCCAUCACCAGUGCAUCCACAAAGGAGAGAGACCCUACAAGUGUCCUGAGUGUGGGAAGAGUUUCACAAGCAAUUCUGUCCUUGUCCGCCACCAGCGCAUCCACACAGGAGAGAGAGCAUUUAAGUGUCCUGAGUGUGGGAAGAGCUUCAAAAGGUGUUCUGGCCUCACCUACCACCAGCGCAUCCACACAGGAGAGAGACCUUUUAAGUGCUCUGAGUGUGGGAAGGGAUUCACAAGCAGUUCUGGCCUCACUUACCACCAGGGCACCCACACAGGAGAGAAACCAUACAGUUGUCCUCAGUGCCCGAAGAGCUUUACAAGCAGUUCUGGCCUCAGCUACCACCAGCGCUUCCACAGAGGAGAGAGACCAUUUAAGUGCUCUGAGUGUGGGAAGGGAUUAACAAGCAGUUCUGGCCUCACCUACCACCAGCGCAUCCAUAGAGGUGAGAGACCAUUUAAGUGUCCUGAGUGUGGGAAGAGCUUCAGAAGCAGUUCUGACCUCACCCAUCACCAAAGGAUCCACAAAGGAGAGAGACCAUUUAAGUGCCCUGAGUGUGGGAAGGGCUUCACAAGCAAUUCUGUCCUUGUCCACCACCAGCGCAUCCACACAGGAGAGACACCAUUCAAGUGUCCCAAGUGUGGGAAGAGCUUCACACGCAGUUCUGCCCUCAGGUGCCACCAGCGAAUCCACAGAGGAGAGAGACCAUUUAAGUGCUCUGAUUGUGGGAAGGGAUUCACAAGCAGUUCUGACCUCAUCUACCAUCAGUGCUUCCACAUAGGAGAGAAAACCUACAGGUGCCCUGAAUGUGGCAAGGGAUUUAGAAGCAGUUCUCAUCUCAGUGUUCUCCAGCUCAUUCUCACGCAAGAGAGACCCUUUAUGUGCUCUGAAUGUGAAAGAACUUCAAAAGCUGUUUAAACUCAGCUCCCACAAGCACAUUCACAGAAGAGACCAACCAUAGCAAUGCCCUGAGUUUGUGAGAACCUCCAAAGCAGUUCCUGCCUCGUGACCUACCCACGCAUCCAGCCAGGAGGCAGAGCCUGCAGUGCCCGGAGUGUGCAACGAGCUUCAGGCAGAGCCCCAGCCUGGUCACCACCUGUGGCUUUGCACAGUGAUGACCCUUCUAUGGCCCUUGAGCAGAGGAAGUGCUCUGGGGGUAAAUUAAAUCCUGUUCUCCCUUCUUUCUUUGCCUGGGGAUAACGUACAUUGUCUCUGUCAUGGUUUUAUAAUUUUGUUAUCAGUAUUCCACAUCAUAACAUCAUGUAAAGCAUGGGUAAUUAAAGAGUUAAUACUCCA